CCGAAACAACAGAGGCAGCUACGGGUCCCACGAACAACUCCGGGUUCCCGCGGGCGGCCGCGGGGCUUUACCUCAGGGGCGCCGUGGCCCCCGAGGCAGCGGGGCCCGCCGCAGCACGGAGAACCGGCGGGGCCGCUCCGGCCCGCAGGGCGCGCUGAGGCGAGCACGGCGCCGGGCGGGGAGGCGGGACGAAGCCGCCGCCGUCCUCUCCGCCACCCCCCGCGGAACUACACCGCCCAGCGCGCCCUGCGCGGUUCCCGUGGCGACGGGGAGCCAGGCCUGGGCCCCGAGGAGCGAUGCCCAAGGCCAGUGAUACUUUAUGGGAUCUUGCUAUAGCUGAAGUGGAGAAGAGAGAAAACCCUGAUGACGAUGGCAAGCGUGUGGAAGUUUGGGAAAAAUCAGUAUUAUUUAUGGGAAGCAAAACUGGGGGAAAGACCACUAUUAUACUGAGAUGUCUUGACAGGGAAGAGAUUGCAAAGCCAACGUUAGCCUUGGAAUAUACUUUUGGAAGAAAGGCAAGGAGACACAAUGCAACUCUUUUACAGCCUAAAGAUAUAGCUCAUUUUUGGGAACUAGGUGGUGGAACUUCAUUACUGGAACUGAUUCGAAUACCAAUCACUAGCAACAACAUAAGGUCAUUCGCUGUAGUUCUUGUACUGGAUCUCUCCAGACCUAAUGAACUCUGGACUACUAUGGAGAAGCUUUUGCAGGUCACCAGGAACCACGUGAACAAAAUUUUAACCAAACUUGAAAAGACAAAUCCUGAAGUAGCUACUGAAAUUAAACAGAGGAUACAGAAGAGUCUGCAGAGGGAUCAUCCAGAUUAUGAGUUAAUUGAUCCUUUUCCAAUACCCCUGGUGAUAAUUGGAAGCAAAUACGAUAUUUUUCAUGAGUUUGACUCUGAAAUGAGGAAAGUAAUAAGCAAGACACUUCGAUUUGUUUCACAUUAUUAUGGAGCAUCAUUAGUGUUUACUAGUAAAUCUGAGGCUCUCCUGCUGAAAGCCCGUGCUCUCAUUAAUCACUUGGCAUUUGGCUGUGAUAAAAGCAAGUCUAUAUCGGUGGAUCACAGCAAACCUCUAUUUGUACCAGCAGGCCUGGAUUCGCUGAGCCAAAUAGGACCACCACCUGCCUCUGAUAGCGAUAUUGGAAAGAUGCGUGCAAACACACCUUUGGAACUGUGGAAAAAAAUAUUUGAGAAGACCUUUCCUCCCAAGAGUUUCUGUGAUUUACAAGAUACCAAGGACCCUGCACAGGAUUUACAGUACGCCGAGUAUGAAGUCGAUGUCAUGAGAGCUCAGAAAAACCAGGAACUUGAACAAUACAAGAGAAAUGCCUCUAAAUCCUGGAAAGAAAUGGAUCUUGACUCUGAUGAACUGCUAUAGGUGUAUUCAAUUUAACAUUUACAAAGUUACUUUAAUCAUUUUAACAUUACAAUAGCAAUUUCAUCUGAUGCAGUUGAAAAUAUGCAAUAUCAAACUACAAAAUGCAUAUUUGUUAAGCAUUCCUGUUAGUAUUUUUAAUAAAAAGAGCUAUUUAUUUAUUCACUCCAAAUGUAAGUAUAUCUUAGUACUGACCCGGAGUUUUAAAAAGUGGGAAAAAAAGGAAUUCUAAAUUGUUCAGAGAUAGGUUUGAAUAUGAAGACUGGCAUUAGUCAGUACUGCCUAUUUUAUAACACAUUGUUGGGUUUAUUUUUGAAUGCUUCUGCCCUAAACUUGUAUUCAAACAUAAACAAGUUUUCACACCCCAAAUACAAAACUGCACAGUAAAGUGUGCUAGGCAUCUUUUUUCCUAGUUCUUUGCAUAUGUAAUUCAAAAGCAAAGCUUAAGAAUAUAUUUGCAUCUUUGUUUGAUGUAUUUGAAUAGGAUAGGUCCACAAAAACUGGCAGAAUAAAGUGGAAUUAAAACCAUGUUUAACCUGAA